CUGAAGCAGGAUCCAGUACGGCGGAAGGUGUGAUGUCCCUUAUAACCCACAACAUCAAUCAGGAUGUGUCAUGUGUGCUUCUUUGUGUUUUUAUUUCCCUUGCACGUUUCCUGAAGGAGAAUUGUGUUUUUAUAAGAUGUACAGGAAACCUCUAAACAAUCUGCAUCUAUCAUGGAGAUGAAUAAGGGAAAGGAAGCGCAGUUUUCACACUGAGGAGAGAAUUCAGACAUUGAAAUGGCAGAGAAAGAUAACACAGAGAUAGACAAUAAGAAUUGUAGUGUAAAUUUUGACUGUGAUAUCUUCGGUGAUGACGAUGAUGAUAUCAUUGCUCAAGCCUUCGAGGAUAGUUUAUUGGUAGAAAAUGUAGAUACCAAAAAGUCAGAAGUUUCAGUUUUGAAUCAUGGGUCAAAAGAUCCAAAAGAAGGAGGACAGUCACACUCCCAUCCAUCAGUACCAGAAUCCACACCUUUGGAAUCAUUACCUGGAUUUGAUGAGGAUGCUGGAAGAACAUGGAUCUACCCUAUUAAUUAUCCUAUUAGAGAUUACCAGUACUGUAUUGUUGAAAAAGCAUUAUAUAAAAAUACACUUGUGUCGCUACCAACAGGUUUAGGGAAAACAUUUAUAGCAGCAGUUGUGAUGUAUAAUUUUUAUCGAUGGUAUCCACAAAGUAAAAUAGUGUUUAUGGCACCAACUAAGCCUCUUGUGGCACAGCAAGUUGAGGCAUGCUUCAAUAUUAUGGGCAUCCCUCAGGAAGAUACCUCACAAAUGACAGGUACAAUGUCUCUGGAAAACAGGGCUAAAGCUUGGACACAGAAGCGAAUAUUCUUCCUCACACCACAGGUUUUGACAAAUGAUCUGACUCGAGGGGUUUGUCCAGGAACACUGAUUAAGUGUUUGGUACUGGACGAGGCUCACCGUGCUACUGGAAAUUAUUCAUAUUGUCAGGUGAUUCAUGUACUUCGACAACACCGUCAUGACUUUCGCAUUUUGGCCCUCUCAGCAACUCCAGGAACUGAUGUGAGGGCUGUUCAACAGGUGUUAACAAAUUUGAUGAUAUCACACAUAGAACUUCGAAGUGAGGAUAGUCCAGAUAUACAGGCAUAUGUCUUCCAUCGCAGUAUAGAAAAGAUUGUUGUACCUUUAGGAAAUGAGCUAAGCAUCCUCAAAAAGAGAUAUCUCAAUGUACUGAAAGUGUACAUUAGUAAACUACUGGAUAUGAAGGUGUUGUAUACAAAAGAUGAAACUACACUGUCAAAAUUUCAGAUUUUCCAGGCUCGAGAAGCGUUUCGUCAGAACCCCCCAGACAGCCUUCCACGAGAGAGAUAUGGUGUUGUUCAUGGGUUGUUUGCUCUUUGUAUAACACUCUACCAUUCGUAUGAGCUAAUGUUGAAACAUGGCACAAGGUCAUUUUAUACAUUUUUGAAAGGAACACUAGACAGUAAAAAUGGCAACAGUUUGGCACGAUUUGAACUUCUUCGCAAUCAGAACUUCAAGGAACUUAUGGAAGAACUAUCACAGAAGUUUGACAUAAAAUCAAAUUUGUCAGAGUCUUCAAAAGGAGAAUCAUCAGGGAUGUUUUCUAAGAUUGGAGGUCCACAGUCUUCAGAGGUAAAGUGUGAGCUGCCAUAUGUAAGUCACCCAAAACUGACUAAAUUACUAACCAUUGUUGUUGACCAUCACAAGAAGUUUGCUGCUGAAGGAAAGUCAACAAAAAUCAUGAUAUUUUCUCAGUACAGAGACAGUGUUCAGGAAAUCACAGAAAUGCUACAACUUCAACAUCCACUUGUAAAGGCAAUGUGUUUUAUGGGUCAGUCUACUGGAGUUCGAGGAGACCGGGGGUUUUCCCAGAAGGAACAACUAAAGGUGGUGAAAGAGUUCAGAGAGGGAGGUUUCAACACGCUGAUUUCCACUUGUGUCGGAGAAGAAGGUUUGGACAUUGGCGAUGUAGAUUUGAUAGUAUGCUUUGAUUCACCAAAAUCUCCUAUACGUUUGGUGCAGAGAAUGGGUCGUACUGGACGGAAGCGUGAGGGACGCAUUGUGGUGCUGGUCACAGAGGGCAAAGAAGCUCAGGCAUAUGAUCAGAGUCAAUAUCAAAAAAGAAGUGUUAAUGCUGCCCUUGCUGACAUGAAUAGGUUAAAUCGGUUCCUCAGUCAACAUAGCUCUCGCAUGGUGCCUAGAGGUAUAACACCAGUCUGCUUGAAGCUGCACAUGAAAGUAGGAACUUGGAAGGCACAGAAAGGUCGAGGUAGUAAGUCAUCAGCAGGCUCCACCGCCUCUGUAUCUUCCAUGUUCAAUAACUCUGGCAAAUCCCUCAUAAAUAAGAAAAAGGCUUGUAAAAAUGAUGGUUGGCUAUCAAAGGAAGAAUUGGCUUGGUGGCGGGACAACCUUCAAGUUCCACUGGAUGAAGUUAAAUCCUUGCCAAGACCAUCAUUAUUCUGUCUUGGGAAACAAGAAAUGGAAGAGGACUUCAAUAGUGAAGGCUAUAUAAACUUAGGGAAAUAUCAGUCAUGGCAGACUAUAGCACAGGGUACACACGUUAUUGGCCACUCAUCCCGUUCAUUCAAUUUGGUUCAAUUAACCGAGUUUAUUGGCCUCCAGCAACAUUUUGAUGCAGACGAAGAUCCUUAUGGUUUGGAAAUGGCAUCCUUCUUAGACAAGGCUUAUAUUGAAGGUAACACUGCACACAGAUCAUCCUUAUUCUCUUCAAUAAAAAGUGAUGCAUCUAGAGAUAAUCAACAUACAGUGAUUUUACAAGGUAAUUGUGAAAUUAAAAAGGGAAAAGGAAGUAAGAAAAGUGUACCAAAAGGAAAGAAAGCCAAGAAAACUACUCAGAGCUCUCUCAUCACCACCAUGUUUACUCAGAGACCUCGAGCUCAUGUAGAGGAGCAAACACAGAACUUCCAAGAUUUAGAUGAUUUUCAAAAUAAGGAAACAAAUAAUGAGAAAUUUAAAGUAAUAAAGGAAGUCGAAGAGAUUGAGAAGAAAGAUCCAGUACUAGACGUAAAUCCAAGUACAAGUACUUCGAAGGAAAAUACGGAUGUUUGUGAGCGUGUUCUGGAUUUCCUAACGUUACUUCCACCGAGGCAACAGUCUCCUCUCCACAUAGCUCUGCCACCAAGUGAGAGUGACUUUUCUAGUGAUAAUCAAGAAAUAGAACUUCCCAGUCCAACAGAUAUCAUAACAGUUUGCAAUGAAUGGAUAGAAAAAAAAAGGGAUACUAUGAAGAAUCUUUAUCAGUUUGAAAAAAUUGUCUUAAGUGCUUCAGAUAUUCGAAAAUCAAAGCCACUGGCUUUGACUGAUGCCGAUGAUUCUUUAGAAGACCUGCCUGAUCUUAUAGGAGAUCAAGAGAAUACUGACAAAAUGCCUUCUGUAACAGAGGUUUCAUUACAGGCUAUAUCCCCAGUUUUAAGAAGUAAAAGAACUCCAACAGCUUGUCAAACUGGGAUAAAUCAAUUUUCUACUGAAAAAAUUGAGAAAGAACCUGUAACCUCUCCAAACAUUUUUGAUGAUACUACAACACCAUCAGAUAAAAAUGUUUCACCAGUACUGAGUUCGACUUAUAAAAAGCCAGUUAGAACAAAUUUGACUCUGUGGUCCUCAACUCCAAAAGUCACUGCUAAGCGUCUUUUCAAAUUAGCAACUCCUGACUUGACCGUUAUUGAAUCACAUUCUCCAGUUUAUAAAAACAUUGAAAAAUCUUGUACUCCUGUAAAAUCUGUUGUUGCUGCUGAUAUAAGAAGAGAAAAAUUAACCCAAGGAAAUCUUAAAAAUAAUGAACCUGAAGCAAGUGGUUCACAUUCCAUGAUUGAUUAUAGAAGCAAAAUACACACAAAAUUAAGCAGAUUUGCUCUACCUGAAAGCUUGAAAUCAAAGAAUAAUAUUGAAAUUUUAGUUCAAGAUUGUAGUCUCUCAUCAGAAAUUAAUAAAGCUGAUGCAAUAAAUAAUAGCAUAGAGAUAAAUAAAGCUGAUGCAGUAAAUAAUAGCACAGAGAUAAGUAAAGCUGAUGCAGUAAAUAAUAGCAUAGAGAAUAGUGUUAAUUUUAAUCUGAGCCUGGAUGAUCUUUUUGCUGAUAGAGAAGAGGACCAACUUGGUAAAAUAGAAAGUGUUACUCCAAAUAAACCAUCAGCAACAGAGAGCAGUAAAAAUUUAACUAGAAGAGAUAUAAAGCCAUGUGAAAGGAUGACCUCCACCCUUCUAAGUGUCACAGAGAUCCUUGAUCUGGUGAAUGAGUCAGAUGGUAAAACUGUUGACGAUACAGGAGUCAUGUCAUCACACCAUUCUCUGGAAAAUACUAAUGAGUUGAUGGGAAAUACAUCUAAAUCAUUGUUUUCAAAAGCUGAUAACUGUAAACAAAGUGACAACAAGACAAUGUUCUCAAAAACAGCAAAGCAAAUGAAUUGCCUAGUAGGUCCAAACUUCUCUUUACUUGAUGACUUGGUUUCUGAUAUAGAAGAUGGGGCUGAGGUAGUCAAGACGAAUGAAUCCAUAAGUGAACAGAGUGUUCAAUUUCAUUUACUUGGUACUGAGGAAUUUGAUUUAAUGACAACAUCAGUCCUUUCGGAUGAAGGAAACAAAGCACCUAGGAAAGAAUGUACGAUCAUUGAUGGCCUAAGUUGGGUAAAUACUGAUAAGCAAAAUCUAGAUAAAAUGUUAAAUGACAAAAAGAACCCCAACAUAGAAAUUCAAGCAGAUUAUGAAACAAAAUUCAAUGUACCACAUAACAAGUCCCCUGUGAGAUUAAGUGUUACUGAUACUGUUUUCUCACCUUCACAAGAGUCCCCACAAAAUUGGCAGAGAAAAAGAAAGCGGCUCGAUGUAAUAGAAUCUGACAGCGAAGAUCAAGUCGCAGGUAGUAGCAGCUCUAGCAGUAAUAUACAGAUGCUCACCAAGUCUACCACCUCCUCUAGUGAUAGGAGUAGCACCUUUGGGGAUACUGGCUGGAUCAGCAGAAAUAAGAAAAGGAGAUUAGGGAUAGCAGUCAAUUUGGAAGAUGACAGCGAUUUUAAAGAAGCUUCAACAGCAGCUUAUGAACAGACAAAACAGAAAUUAGAGAAUGUUAAUAAGGAGCAACAUAAAAACAUGAAGAAAAUUAAUGUGUUCAUUGAAGAUGAAGCUCAGCUUUCAGCAGAUGGUUAUGAUGUCUCUAGUGAUGAGAGGGAAGACGACGAAGAUGAUUACGACAAGAGUUUUGUAGAUGAUUGUAUACAACAAUCACAAGAUGCUGCAGUAGAUAUGAAAGCAGUUUAUUUGCAGUCUGUUGUAAGCCCAGUCAUGGUGGCCCACCAGAAUCGUCACUACCUCCGACCACCACCACAGCAUCUAUCUGAUACUGAUGAAAGCAUUCAUGAAAUUGAUGGUGAUGAAGACAGCUUUGUUGUAGAUAACAAUUUUGUGGAGUAUGACACAGAAUACCUUGGAGACACUAUGCUUGCUGAAGAUCCUAUUAUGGCCCAGGCUCUUCAUGAUGAAAUGAUUGCCAAGAAAAUAAAGAAUGAUAAAAAUGGAAACAAGAGAAAGAGAAUAAUUGUGCAGGAGUCUUCAAGUGAUGAAGACAGUGUUAUAGAUGACAAGAAAACUAAAAGAGGAACCACUUCUCUCAAACAAAACUACAAGGAUUGCAGCAUUUCCUUACCGAAACCAUUUGGCAUCAUUCAAGGUCAAGAUUUUAUCUUGGAGAGUAAUACUGCACAAAUGAAAUCUGCCAGCAACAACUUAUCAGAUGUUGAAAAUCCUUUAGAUGUAUCCCCAAGUUCAAAAAACAGUGACCAUGCACAGACAACAAUGACUAAAAAGAUAAUAUUGCCCACAGCUUCUGAUCAGUCAAUAUUAUCAAAAUCUUCACAGUUUUCAGUAAGUAGGAAAUUAUUUAGUGAUGACAGCUGUUUUCAAAGUUCAUCUUUUCACAAGCGUGCUGAUAAUCAGUUCAAGACAGUACCUCAUGCUACAACACCUGCAGUGGCCAGAAUUAUGCCUGUGCAGAAGCCAUUAGGUAUUAAUGCUUCAGAAGGUUUUUCUGUUUCAUCAGAAGAGCUAAGAAACUCUGAUCGAGAAACUCACCAAGCUCAAAUAUCAUCAAAAUUAAACAGCUCAGUAGCAUUAAGUUUGAAAACUGAAUUGGCCGCUUCCAUCCUUGAGUCAGGGGCUGAUGAGAGGGUGUCUGUUGAUCAUGCUAUUAUGCCAUUUCAUAACAAACACAGGGAAAGUCAGAGUGGAGGACACCUGACACACAGUAAACCAAGUACAUCAUCUCUGAACUCUGAGAAGGUAGCAGUAAUAGUUUUAGUUAACUCAUGUGAGAUAAGCAAUGCCAGCAGAAUUGUGUCCAAACUGAAACAUGAGUAUGGAGCCAGCACUGCAGUUGUCCAGCUAGCAAAUGCACAUUAUAUGGUGUCAACAAGAAUGGCUGUGACUCGUUUGCUACACUCAGUAUUCAGUAACUGUCAACAGAGAGCAAAGUUGGUGCAGAGAGUACAAGGAAUGUUGGAUUUGUAUGAUAGACCUGUUAUUAUUGUAGAGAUGGAUCGUUUGAAGCCCGGAGAAUCAUCCCACCGUGGAAAAAUUCGUUCAAAAUAUCUGGAUACAAUUGCAUGUGCUUGUACACAGGUCACACAGCUCAAGGUCCUCUAUUCAAGUGGCCAAGAGGAGACAGCCUCAGUGUUGUUGAAGUUGGCACAGCAAGAAAGUUCCAAAGGAUACAGCAUUCCUGUUAAUCCAGAGCAUGUAACCAAAGCCAAACAGGUAGUGAAUUUCUACCUCACAUUACCUCACAUCAGUUAUGUUACUGCUUUGUGUUUGGCAGUGAAUUUUAGAAAUGUUGCAGACUUCAUAAACAGUUCUGCAGAGACUGUACGAGACAAGGGUCGAAUUUCACUGCAGAAAGCAACAGCCAUCAAGCAGUACCUAUGCAGAGGUUUUAGACCAGAUAUGCUGCCUCCUCAGUAACUUUAGGUCUUUUCUUGACUACCUUGUAAAUUUGGCUGGCUGCUAAAAAAAAAAAUCACAAUACCACGGCUGGAACGAAUCCAUUGUUCCUCUUUGCCCUGGAUCAUUUUCAGGUCACAUUGGUUGUGCUGUGAUCAUGGUAAAGGAUGACCAUGAUCACUUUACCUUUCUAGACACUAAGCUUUUCAUAUAUCAGUAGUAUAUUAUUUAAAAAAUGCUGAUAAUUCUUGUUAUACAAUUAAUUUUUUUUAAUAAUAAUAGUAUACGUAUAAUACUUUGGUAAAUGUUAAUAAGCACGCACUUGUACAUAAGCUUAAAUAUUUAUUGUGUUUGAUUCCUGCUGUGCAAUAUUCCAGGGAUUCCUCAUUUUUAACCAAAAUUUUAAUUCCUCUACCUCUAAGACACUUACCUGAAAGCCAACUUUCAAAUAUUCUUAUUAUUAUAUACUAAAACAUUUGUUUUUUUUACCGUAUGGCAGUCUCCCACUGACACCUUGGAGAUGUCCUGUCUAAGGGCAAUGUGUGGUGUAAAUAUUAUGCAGAAAAUUUGGAGUGUGGAAAUUAGGAGAAGGUGUGGAGUUAAUAAAAGUAUUAGUCAGAGGGCUGAGGAGGGGUUGUUGAGGUGGUUUGGUCAUUUAGAGAGAAUGGAUCAAAGUAGAAUGACAUGGAGAGUGUAUAAAUCUGUAGGGGAAGGAAGGCGGGGUAGGGAUCGUCCUCGAAAAGGUUGGAAGGAAGGGUAAGGGAGGUUUUGUGGAGGAGGGGCUUGGACGUCCAGCAGGCGUGCAUGAGCGUGUUCUAUAGGAGUGAAUGGAGACGAAUGGUAUUUGGGACCUGACUUAUCUGUUGAAGUGUGAGCAGGGUAAUAUUUAGUGAAGGGAUUCAGGGAAACCAGUUAUUUUUAUCUAGCUGGACUUGAGUCCUGGAAAUGGGAAGUACAAUGCCUGCGCUUUAAAGGAGGGGUUCGGGAUAUUAGCAGUUUGGAGGGAUACGCUGUGUAUCUUUUAACGUAUAUGCUUCUAAACUGUUGUGUUUGAGCACCUCUGCAAAAACAGUGAUCAUGUGUGUGAGGUGAAAGCGUUGAAUGAUGAUGAAAGUAUUUUCUUUUUAGGGAUUUUCUUUCUUUUUGGGUCACCCUGCCUCGGUGGGAGAUGGCCGACUUGUUAAAAAAAAAAAAAAGUAUUUGCUGCUCUUCAGUAGUGGCAUAUUUAUUUUUUUUGAACUGGAUAUUGAUAGAGCUCAGUGAGUGAUAUAAAUGGUGAGGAAUAUAUAAAUUAUGGGUAACAUGAGAAAACCUGGGAAGUUAAGGAAUUUGGCAGCUAAAAGUCAAAGCAGAGAGAUGUACAAUGGGAAGGUGAAGGUCCUGAAAAGAUGGAGAGACUAUUUUAAGGUGUUCUUAAAUUAGGAUGAUGACAAUGAUUUGGCAAUUUGGUGCAUGAGCAUUUGGAUCUGGUAGGAGAAGGAAAUUCUAAGACAUUUUAACCCUUUGGGGGUUUCGGACGUACUAGUACGUCUUACGACCCAGGGUUUUUGACGUACUUGUACGCCUAAAUUCUAGCACCUUCAAAUCUAGUGAGAGAAAGCUGGUAGGCCUACAUAUAAAAGAAUGGGUCUAUGUGGUCAGUGUGCGCAGUAUAAAAAAAAUCCUGCAGCACACAGUUCGUAAUGAGAAAAAAAAACUUGGACCGUGUUUUUGGAUUAAAACAGCGACUUUGCACUGUAUUUUCGUAUGGUUUUAUUGUUGUAUUCUAGUUUUCUUGGUCUCAUUUUAUAGAAUGGAAGACAUAUUACAGAAAUUGAGAUGAUUUUGACUGGUUUUACAAUGAAAAGUACCUUGAAAUUGAGCUCAAAGAAGCAGAAAUGUUCGAUUUUUACCCAAGUUCAAAAGUAAACAAAUCAUGCUAAGCGUGCAAUACACAUCAACUGGUGAGUCUAAUAUUCUUUCACAAGUGCGCUGAUAUUAUUUAUACCAUUUCUACACUAAUGCAGUAGUCUGCAUAACAGUAAAUCUUAUUUUUUUUUUAAGAAUAAAAAUUCAAAGUGGAAAGCCAAAGAAAUAUAAGAGGGGCCUGGGGAUGUGACUAACGAACAGAGAACUUGUUAUUUUAGUGCCAGGAAUGUCUUUCUUGUUUAUUCUGGACCCUAUUCAGAAAUUGGCAUCUUUCGAAAUUUGUGUGAAAUUGGCAAAACUGCUAAAUUCUGACCACUUUAUUGGAUAGUUGAAAUCGGUAAAUGGGUGGUUUCUUGUACUCAUUCGAUAGAAAAAAAUGGAGUUCUAGCGAAAUAGUUAUGAUUUUUGUCGACUAGUACACUGGAAUUGGCCGAAAAUAGGGCUCAAAUUUGGCAAAAUCGCCGAUGCGUAAACAUCGUUGAGACCGCUAACUUCGCGAGAGCAUAAUUCCGUAAGUUUUCCAUCAAAUUUCAUACUUUUGGUGUCAUUAUGAUCGGGAAAAGAUUCUCUAUCUUUUCAUAAGAAAAAUUUUUUUUUUUUUAAUUUGGCUGACCCUGAGAACACGUCUCUGAGAGGACCUGUCGACCCCCAAAGGAUUAAGCAGACUAACCUUUGUUUUAUGACAUUUCACCCACAGUGGAGUGAUAUCAAAUCCCCACUUUGGGCGAGAUGUAAAAUAAAGGUUAUUGCUUCUUAGCGUCUUUUAAUUACCACUUGUUAAUUUAUGCCAUUAUUUACCUGGGAGAAGAGGAGCCAGAGGUGAGUGUGGAGGAAAUGGGUGUGGAGGAAAUGGUAUAGAUGUGAUUAGGGCAGAGAUAUAGUUUAAAAUAAUUGGUGAAUUUGUUUAAUUUGUGUGUAAAAGAAGAGAAGAUACCUAAGGAUUUGUAGAAAGCAUAAGAUGAAAGAAAAAAAUAGAGAGUGUAAGAAUAAUAAGGUAUAUGUCUGUUGAGUUCUCCAUGGGAAAGUGAAGAAGAAUUCUUCCUCUGUAAGUCAUGCUUGUCAUAAGAAGUGACUAAAAUGCCAGGAGCACGAGACUAGUAACCCCUUCUCCUGUAUAAAUUACUAAAUGUAAAAAAAAAGAAAAGCUUUCGUUUCUUUUUUUUUGGUCAUCCUGCAUCGGUGGGAAACAGCCAGUGUGUUAAAAAAAAGUCUGUUGAGUAUACCAGGUAAAAUGCAGAGCAUAAUUAUUAUCAAAAAAUUUAAGGAAAGAGAGAAAGUAGGAUUACAGGAAAAAAAACACGAGUGGCUUUAGAAAGUGAAAAUGUGUGGAUCAGGCAUGUGUGGAUUAAAGCAUGUAAAUAAAUUAGAGAAUAGUUGAGGCAAACAAGAUAGCUUUGACAUUGAAAAGUCUUUGGAAAGAAAGUGGUCAUGAAUGGAUGCAAGAAAUGUGGAUGUAUCAGCAUAUAUGGGUGAACCAUACCCCCGGCCAGGAUUGAACCCGCGGUCAUAGAGUCUCAAAACU